CAAUGGCACCCUUAAUUCUUCUUCUCCUCUUUCCUUUCCGAGCAAUUUUUGUCAUUUGUCAAUCACCUGAUGCCCUGAAAUUUCUUGGAGAGCCUACAAGAAAGACGACUCACCGGCUUUCGAAGCCACUUGUUGGAGAUAAUGGAAGGAUUUAUACGUGUUCAGAUCGAAACUUUUUUGCUUUUGAAAGCAAUGGUUCUAUAGCCUGGAGUGUGCAUAUAAAUUUUACAUGCUAUGUUGAUAUACCUCCAAUUCAAGAUGAGUUCGGAAAGAUAUAUUUGGUGGCGGAAAACAAAAUUUUGAAAAUCAAUCCUCCAAGUGUUCGGAAUCCUGAAUCUACAUUCGAAAUAUUCUUUGGUGAUAUGUUAACCACAGAAGGAUCAAAUAAAAUUGCUGGGAUGGCAGUAAGUGUUAUAAGUUCACUGAUGUUUAUCACCGUUGAAAACCGAGGACUAUUUGCGUACACGCUGCUGGGUCAAAGAUUAUGGAGUGCAGGACCUGUUCUUUAUAGAUCUGGUUACCGUCUAGGCUGCAAAAGAAAUGUUACAGAUUGUCAUUUUACUUCAACUCCUGUUGUUGAUCAAUGCGAAGCUAGUGUUUAUAUUUCUAACACUUACGGGGAGCUCUACGCAUUGGCAAUUGGAAAUCCUCAAUUCAAAUGGAUUCGGGAUUUAAGUGAAUUUGAUAAACCUGUCACAAUAACCCCAGGGAACAAUGGUCUUUUGUAUGUUACUUUCCCUGUUAAGGCUCUAUUGUUGGCAUUAGAUGUUUUCACCGGAAAUAUUUUGUGGCAGAAGAAUAUUGGCCCUCUAAGUACAAUAGAUUGCUCUCCAAUAGUCGAUUCCAACGGUUGGAUAUCCAUCGGUUCACUGGAUGGUUUCAUGUACUCAUUUUCAACUUCUGGAGAUCUUAGGAAAUUUCCGAAAACAAAUGUUCCUGAUUCAGUUGCUCUAGUUAGUCCACUCCUACAUUGCUCUGGAUAUGCAAUCUAUUUUUCUCAAACUGUUAUGGAGGGAAAAAUUAGUCGCACUAUUGGUGAUUUCACUUACAUUUCUGCAAUGAAACCCAAAAAUGUUGCAUUUACUAUGUUAGUGCCAGCUACUGGAUCUGUAUACUGGUCAGGAACUUAUACUGGCGAAUUCGCAUCCUUCUUGAAUGAAAGCAUUCUACAACACUUCACAAUGGAUGAGAGAAUUCUUCUUGCUUUUGUUACUGCAGGAAAUACGGGCAACCAUCUGCGAUGCCGCACAACACGUCAGAAGCUUACGUCGAGCUGCUCCCUAGCAAAGCCUAAGCAUCUCAGCAUUAAUUACACAGGGAACGAAAGAACAAUGCUACUAAUUCUGUUAUUUGAGUCUCUUGUUUUGAUAAUAAUGCUAUGUGCCGUCCGUUUCUGCUGCAUAUUUUGGGGAAAGGAAAAACUCAAAAACCAAAACCUCGGAAGAUUUCUAGAGAAGAGGCGUUUUCUCUGGAUGAAGAAAAAGGUAUUUGACCGGGCAAUUAUUGCGCUAGAGCAGGAGGCAGCAGCAGAAGAAGCCUCGACACACGAGGUAAGGGAGAUGUUAGGAGACUUCGUUAAAGAAAGAGAUGUUAUAGAACGGAAACUCUCGACAACGUAUAGCUUGGGUAGAGAUAAAUGCAAUAAGUCGGUAUCAAAAUCUGUUCUUCCAUUGUACGAUGACAAGACAUAUACUUCAUCAAGUGAGGGUACAAGAGAUUAUAGUUGCAGUUAUGGUAGUAGUAGUGGAGAAGAUCAAGCUAAGAAUUUGGGUUACUAUGGAGACGAAGAAUCUGAUCUAAAAGGAAAAAAGAAGGUAGAAAGUGAUGAAGCUGGACCUUCUAAUAAUACCAGUGCUGGGAAAUUCAAAGUGAAGAAUUGGGAGCGUUCCGCAGUGGCUACAUCCAGUUUUACGCAUCCAUUAUACGUCCAUGGGGAGAAGGGUGGUAGUAGUAAGAGUAACCGGUUGAGGGGGACAUUAUCUUCUAUUAACUAGAAGAAGUUCAAUUUGGACUUUUGAAAGUUUUUAUUGUUCAAGCUUUUUCGCUUAUCCCACGGCCUUUAAAUUCUGCAAGUUUGUUGCACAAAAUGCACCAAUGACUUGACACUGUAUUUGUUAAACUUUGCUUCUUGACCAAGGUUGUUAGUUUAUAUACUUUA